UGGGGCCAUCGGGCACCUCUGGAGCACACAGGAAGCACACUGGGCGCUCGGGUGUGGGCCCGGGAGCUGCGCAUGCGUGCUAUAGGGGGGCGCCAGGCCGCAUCUGCGCCUGGGGGCACGAUGACUCAGUGCUUUCGCUUCCUGUGGUUUUGGGGCCUCAUGGGAGAUAUGUAAAUGAGCUGGAGCAUCAUGGGUAUUGGCCCUUUAUAAGUCCGCGUGGUGCUCUGCGCUCACAGUUCAGUGCUCAGCGAGCAGAUCCUUGCUUCGUAGGUCUUUAGCUGGCUACCUGGGCGCUCAGUCUGGGAGACAUUGGAGCAAGUGUGAAGCUGAAGAACCUUCUGGAAGCUCAAGCCUGUCUACUUCUCCAGAAAGCAUCUAUGGUCGGUCCUGUUGACCUGACCUCCUGAGACCAUCAAGCAAGUCUUCCUCUGUGUGUCUGUCCACUUAGCUGCCGACAGACUUCUUGGCCAUGUGUCCCCCAGUCAGUGCUCGCCAUGAGGCCAAGGGUAUGUCCUGCCUCUAUGGAGCCUGGCUGUACCAGCUUGACCAUGGAGAACAGACGAAGAUCUGCUUUGCUUGCUUCAAGGCAGCCUUCCUGUUGAAUAAACUCUACCUGGAGAUGGGAGACUGGCAAGAGGAAGAAGAGGAGGAAGUGGAAAAUGCUGACCUCAUGGAACACUUAGAGUCUGAUUCAGAGUCCGAUUCUGAGCAGGAGGCAGGGUCUGAGCAGGAUGCAUGGCGGGGGUUGGGGUCCUUUUAUGUGCCACAGAGUGUCUCUGAAGGGUCUGGGGUCCUGGUACCAACCCCUAUGUGGACACAGGGAGUACUGUUCUCCAUUACUGUGCCCACUGAGCUCUUACCUCAGGAAGCUGUACCCCUGGAUCUGGGUCCUGAGGAUGCUGAGUGGACCCAGGCCCUUCCCUGGAGAUUUGAUCGGCUUUUUCCUUGCUCACACCAGCUCAUCCCUCCUCUGACUUGGUGGGAUAUUUUUGAUGUGAUGCCAUCUCCCGGGCAACCUUUGUUGUUAGAGUUGCGAUGCAACUGGCCCUUGGACCAGACAGUAGCACAAUCCUGGUUGCAGGACCAGAAGUUCGUCCUCCUAUUGGAUAGCACCCACUUUAUGUGCCACCUGCUGUCAAUGCGUGUCCGCUGGGCUGUAAGGACUCAGGUCCAACACUGGCAGGUGUUGCUGGACCCUGGUGAGAUGUGGGUGGCCCAUUUACGGAAAGUAUUUAGGCAGCACGGCCUGUACCAUCAGAAUCUGUACCCCUGGAGUCUGAGCAUCCUGAGUGCUUCAGAAUUAGGAAUGGAGUUAUUGCCUGCUGCCAGCUACCUGCGGAAGAAAGGCUUCUGGGUAGGCUCCUCCUUGCCCUGGCACAAUAGCAUGCCGGAAACCUGGAGCUGGGAGCCAGGGGAGAGGCUGUUUAUCACAGAUGCUACUGUUUGUGCUACUAACUACCACCCUGCUUAGUCCUUUCCUUGAUUUCCCCCUCUCCUGAUCCUUACUCCCUGAUGCUCAUAACUGAGACACUAAAGCUCAGGCAUUCCCCCAGGGCCCCAGGGACUGAAGAGCAAGAGGUUGCCUGUUCUGACCAGCAGGGGAACAGUUGACUUGAGGGGAGCUUAGGAAUCUUGGAGGGAAGUCUGCCAUGUUCAUGUCUGUGUUCAGUGUUUGGGAGGUGAGGCCUAGCAGUAUGUUUAGGUGGAGUGUUGUGUAGUGGGUGUUGUAGGGGCUCCGGUCAUAGAUCAUAGAUCUUACAUACGUAUGGACUCAGAGGCACUAGUUGAUCUGGCAUGUUAUAUAUUUACUGUCUUAGGGGUCAAGAUAACCUGUUUUUAGGGUUAACUAUUUAGAGUGUUUAUGCUCUUUGGUUGUACUUUUGAGGGCCUUUGUUGAAUAAAGUUGGUGUUUUAAAU